CCCUCACGGCGGCGGCGGCUCCUCACACGGCCCAACGGCCUCCCUGCGGGCCCCGAGCGGACGGGCUGCUCCACCCGGGAUGGGCCAGGCCCCGGCAUGCGACGCCGCCCUUCCCGCUGCCGUCGGCAGAGCCUUGAAGGGACCGAACUGAGGGAUUGAACCUGGGAUCUCCUACACAUAAAGCAUGUGUUCUACUGCUGAGCUCUUCAAUUGCCACCAAAUCACUACCACUGCUCAAGACAAUCUUUCUCUUCAAGACACUAUGAUCUGAGAUGAUUUAAGCAAAUGAGAUUUUGAAGUUACAUCAAAUAUGACAACGUGCGUCUUAGAAGCCCAAAGGAACGGCAAGAUGUCAGACUAACACUCACACUCCUUGUCAGGGAUAUUGUCAGAAUUACGACAAGAUAAUCUGUACGAGGUGCUUUGGAUGUAGGGAUAAGUGUACUUUUAAGUGGGCCAGUCCAGGAAAUCAUGCAGUCAUCUGGGCACAGGUUCCGCGACGUCGAACACCACCCGCUGCUUGCUGAAAAUGACAGCUACGAUUCAUCGUCGUCAGAGUCCGACACGGCCGAUAGAGUCUGGUUCAUCCGCGACGGGUGUGGGAUGGUCUGCGUGGUGAUGACCUGGCUCCUCGUCGUCUAUGCGGAUUUUGUCGUGACGUUCGUCAUGCUGCUGCCUUCCAAAGAUUUUUGGUACUCCCUCGUCAAUGGGGUCCUCUUCAACUGCUUGGCGGUGCUCGCCUUGUCGUCCCACUUGAGAACGAUGCUGACGGAUCCCGGGGCUGUUCCCAAAGGAAACGCCACGAAAGAGUACAUGGAGAGUUUGCAGCUGAAACCAGGCGAAGUCAUCUACAAGUGUCCGAAGUGCUGCAGCAUUAAACCAGAACGUGCCCACCAUUGCAGUAUUUGCAAGAGAUGUAUUCGGAAGAUGGAUCAUCACUGCCCGUGGGUUAAUAACUGUGUGGGGGAAAAGAACCAGAGAUUUUUUGUGCUUUUUACUAUGUACAUAGCUCUGAUUUCAGCCCAUGCUCUCAUCCUCUGUGGGUUUCAGUUCUUCUCCUGUGUCCGAGGACAGUGGAUUGAAUGCAGUGACUUUUCCCCACCCGUGACUGUGAUCCUGCUGGUCUUCUUGUGCCUUGAGGGUUUUCUGUUUCUUACGUUCACGGCCGUCAUGUUUGGCACCCAGAUCCACUCAAUAUGCAACGACGAAACGGAGAUUGAAAGACUGAAGAGCGAGAAACCCACAUGGGAACGGAGGCUACGCUGGGAGGGAAUGAAAUCUGUCUUCGGGGGCCAACCUUCUCUGCUAUGGAUAAAUCCUUUUGCUGGAUUUCAAAUCAGACGGCUGAUGCUACGAGCCAAGAAAGGAGGUCCGGAGUUUUCUGUUUGAGCCUGCCUAAUCAUGCUGGAACUCACAAAAAAGUAGUAUAUUGUAUUUAUUGGGCACAAGCAAAAGGGGGAAAAAAAUUGCUGCCCACAUGUAACCUGUGACCCACAGAGAUCGACACACAUGAGACGUUUUGCUUGUAGCAAGCAGAAUUUUAUACAUUUAUAGUCACAGACAUCUCAUUAACUCUCGGAAAUGUAAACUGGAUAUACUACCACACAUGGCUUUUGAGCAAGAUAAACAAACAAACAAAUCAACAACUAAGGAAAGUGGAAGGUCACACCUAAGAAGCCAAAAUAUCGUCUUUACUACUGUAACUUAUUAUUUUAGAGGAUUAAUUAGGCAUUUAUUUUCUGUCAAACCCCUUUUAUUUGAUGUGUGUGCUUUUUUUUUUUUUAAAGAGUUGAUCUCUGCUGUUUUUAUAAGACUGUGUGCCGAGAGGCAGUUGUCAGUUAUGAUACAAAUGCUGGAAAUCGCUAGCCAAAAGCAAUCAUUUUUGUCCUGAUAAUUUUCAGGCAAAUUAAUCAGCCACAUCAUGUAACUUUUUCUCUUUGUUCCAAGAGUCCCCUGAGCUGUAUUCCUGCGUGUGAAUAUCUCAACAGGUCUGUGAUUCAUGACUAUAUAACCAAAAACACAAGGCUAAUCAGUAUCCAGAAUUUCCUUUGCCUCAGUAGAUGAUUCCUUUUUAGGAUUAAAUUUAGAAUGCUUAAUAUGCAGCCGUCAUAUUGCAGUGCUAUAUUCCGCCCUCCAAUAUUUGCACCAGUUUGCUGGUCGCAACCAUUUAAGGAACUCAUCUCCUGCCACGAUGGCGCACCCGAGGAUGGCUUUUUGUCUUUAUGCAAGGAAAAAGAAGGACCGAGGACAGAAGCUUCCUACCAAAUGAAUGUAUUGCUGAUUAGAAGUUUCUUGACCCAGCCAACAAUCUCUGUUUCUUGCAUUUCAUUGCACAAAUUUGUCACAAUAUAGGCCAGCAGGGUGUCAAACGCUGCCCAUACCCCAGGGUAGACUUUGCGAACUUGAUAUUCCAACAUAACUAUGUUAAAAUACUUUAGUCAUAGUGUAUUGCCUGCACACACACACAAAUCUUAAACAGGUGUGUAUUUAAACAAGCUGACUUACACCUAGAUUCUAAACACACUAUUUAGAAGUCCGUCUUGCUGAAUCCUGUGGGUCUUAACCACUGAACUUCACGGGUGAAUUGGUGUGCUCCUGCACACGCAAGCGUCCGUGUUCAUUCCAACACCUCUGGAGGCAUAAACGGAUGGAUGCUUACCUGGCACUGGCCUCUGUGUGGAAGCUGCUAAGACUCCUCUUUGUAAAUCCUGGAGCUCUCCGUGCACAUUAGAGCUCACACACGAACAAGGGGUCCUCGAGAGGAACUUUGAAUGUGUUUAGAAUUGUGCUGCCAGUCGUUCACAGUAUCUCCUUGGAGCCGGGCCAACUUGACUGCUUUAUUCGUCAGAGGUGCAUUUGUUUGCCAUUAUCAGUAAGACAGACAUCUUCGCAAAUGAGAAGCCCAGUGUUCGACUGGCAGGAAUCUGUGUAAGGAGGAUUUUAAAAUCCUCGGUGGCGACAGCAAAAGGAAGCUGACGUAUUGCCAUACUGCAAGCACAGCUGCUUACAAGCCAGAGAAAUGAAUUGUACAGAAGCAGCCCCUUGUAAAAAGAAGCCACCGCCUGGUCCAAAUGUGCUCUUAAAGCUGCGAGUAGUGAGUUGUCAUCUGAAUAGAGCAAUCUGAAAAUAAUCCUAAACUGAUCUUUCCUUAUCCCCAUCCCCAAUUCUUCUAAUGUCACCCAAUAAUUUAGAAUGGGAGGUACAUUGUAAAUCUUGAGCAUAUGUGUGCCGGGAAGGUUAAAAGAAAAUAGUACUUCCUAUUGUUAAAACUUGCCUUAAACAUAUCAGGGCUGAGUUUUUGCCUUGCUAUUGGCACCAUAGUACUUACGUGCUUAAGAAUCUUCCAUUCCAGGUGCAGCUGGAGCUUUGACAGAUUCAGUGGAACCAAUGACCUAGGGAGGUCGUGGGCUGUCCCACACUAAAGGCCUUCAAGAGGCAGCUGGACAACCAUCUGUCAGGGAUGCUUUAGGGUGGAUUCUUGCAUUGAGCAGGGGACUUGAUAGGCUUCUAGACCCCUUCCAACUCUAUUCUAGGAUCAUCUGAGAACCUGAACAGUUUGCCCCCCACCAUCCACCCACUAAGACUCCCUACUCCCCCAAUCACAUAUCCACGGGCGAUUUGCGUGGCGCAGCCUCGGGGACCACCCCCGGCGCUCCAGCCAGGCGGGGAGGGAGGAGGCGCCGGCCGCUGUGCGCCCCCCUCUCCUCCGCAAUGCCUGGCUGAAGGGCUCCGCUGCCCACCCAGAAGGGUGGAGGCUGCUGCUGCUUCUGGGCUCCACAUUUCAAGAAGGACGCAGACAAGCUGGAGCGUGUUCAGAGGAGGGCAACCAGGAUGAUCAGGGGUCUGGAAACAAAGCCCUCUGAGGAGAGACUGAUACAACUGGGCAUGUUUAGCCUGGAGAAGAGGAGAUUGAGGGGAGACAUGAGAGCACUCUUCACAUACUUAAAAGGUUGUCACACAGAGGAGGGCCAGGAUCUCUUCUCGAUCCUCCCAGAG